AUGAAGGUUUUCCUUGUCCUCCUGCUGGGAGCAGUCCUGUGCUUGGACUCAGGUUCUUCUUUGAGGUGUUACAGCUGCAUGACACAGCUCAGCAACUCCAACUGUCAGAAGGCAGUGGACUGCAAGGAGAACGAAAUGUGCAAGACAGAUGUGAUCAGGGUCGCAGGGCUCUUCAGCAUCAUCAACAAGGGUUGUGACCUGUCAUGUGAAUCAGUCUAUCAGGACUUCAAGGUGGGCACCAGGAAUAUCUCCUGCUGUAGCAGCGACCUCUGCAAUGUCAACGCUGCGGGCAGUGUGAGGUACAGCUACGGGCUGGCAGCAGGGAUAGCAGCCAGCGUGCUCUGGCCCUUCCUGAACAACAGACUGUGA